CAAAUUGCAAAAGCUCCCAAACCCUCUAUAAAGUCGACUCUGAAAGCUAAAACCGCAGACGUAGAGGAAGCAAAAUCCAAUCUCUCAAAACCCCAGGGAUUUCUUGAAUACCCCGCCCUCUGUCAUGGCCUGAAAAAUCUCAUAUUUUUUUAAAGGAAAAUCUUCUCCUGUUUUCUCUAAGAACGAUGGACAUCGAGCAAAAACAAGCGGAGCUGAUCGAGCACUUCGUCAAGCAAGCCGAGAUUCUCAGAGGCGGAUCUCUUUCCAAUGUAAUCGUCGAGGCGACAUCACAUCCUUCUCUCUUCGCCUUCUCGGAGAUCCUCUUAGUCCCCAACGUUGCUGAGCUUCAAGGCACUGAGUAUUCCAUAUUUCUUGAUGUGCUUCGCUUGUUUGCUCAUGGCACAUGGAGUGACUACAAGAGUAAUGGAGGCUGUUUUCCAUCUCUGGUACCUGAUCAAGUCCGCAAGUUAAAGCAACUUAGUGUACUCACACUGGCUGAGACAAACAAGGUACUUCCUUAUGAUCAACUGAUGCAGGAACUUGAUGUUUCAAAUGUACGAGAGCUUGAAGACUUUCUUAUCAACGAGUGCAUGUAUGCUGGUAUAGUCAGAGGAAAGCUGGAUCAAUUGCGCAGAUGCUUUGAGGUGCAAUUCGCAGCGGGGCGGGAUUUGAGACCUGGACAGCUUGGCAGCAUGAUACAGACACUAACUACCUGGCUGACCACUUCAGACAAUCUUCUUCUAUCAAUUCAAGAGAAGAUCAAAUGGGCUGAUACGAUGGGCGAGGCCGACAAGAAACACCGAAAGGAAAUCGAAGACAAGGUGGAUGAAGUGAAGAAAACCCUUAAGUACACUGUAAGCAGGCAGACGUGGAGUUACGAGGGCACGAGGAGAUCAUCUACUCUGAACCUGGAGGAGUGAUGGACUAUGAAGAAGAUCGAAGCCGGCCCAAGAGGAGGCGGCAGCCACUGUCUUAAAGAUAACAUGGUGAGGAUGGGAUCCAUUGGGCGGGUUUUCAGGUGGACUUGCUGGAUUUUUGUGCACGGCAUUCUGGCGUCAUACAGCCAUACCAUCAUUCGUGUUCCCUUUUCAUUGUUUUCCUUUCUCAGCAACUCUACUUGGGGCCGUCUGCACAACUUGGGAGAACUCGUGUAUUUAGAGUGGAUAAUUUAUUUUGACUCAUUAUUUUUCAAUCGUUGUAUUCCUAGAGUUUGAUCAUUAAUAGUAAUUAGUGGCAGUGUUGCAAAA